GGUUAUCACGUGAUUAACUAUCCCUUCACAUUAACACUAACACACAAAAUGGCGCUCAACGCUCGCUUUCAUUUGUUGAUCUUCUCUGUGUUUUUUGUGGCCUUAACCCAAGCAAAUUUUGGCCAAUUCUUCGAUGACGUUACGUCAUGUCUGAACGUUUGCAGUAAAAAUUUCUCUUCCAACGAAAAGAACCUCAAUGCUUGCCGGAGGGGAUGUCGUUUGUUUUAUGUUUGCAAGUUGAGCCAUAACAACCAGCGACUUAAUGAUACAAACAUGGAAUGCUUUAAUGUAUGCCAUGAAGCAUAUGCCAACAUAACAGCUGAAAAAUCUGCAUGCCGACAUGGUUGCAGCAGUGCACUUCCUCUGGCAGAACAACGAGAGAAAGAGAAGGAUGAGGAAUCUGAACCUCGCAUUCAUCUUCUCUACCCACUGAUGUAUGUACAUGGACUGUACAGCAACAUGAUACACAGGGUUUACAGACAGAUGAGCAUCAGUUGGUCUUUCUAUAUGCAAGGAGACAAUGGUAAUCUUAUCGUGAUGCGAUCAAAACCUAAGGUUUAUGUGGAGUACCGUGGCUUUGACAGUGAUGGUGAUGAAUACCGUACUUCAAACUAUUUGGAGACAAACAUUGAAUCUGGCAACAAUGUGGCCACACCACAGCUGAAGAACUCACAGCUGCAUGCUGUUAACAAUCAGAAUGGUGAUGACGAUGAAGAAUUGAACAUUUCUCUGCAUGAUGUCAAUGGACAGAAUGCAGAUUGGUUGGCCUGCCUUUCUCUAAAGUUUGGGCUACCCCGAAUAUUGUUGACUGCUUUGGUCUUAUUCUGUGCAGUUGUAAUGAUUUGGUUGUGUUUGACUGCAGCUGUGACUGCUCCAGAACAUCGCAUCCCUGCAUCACCUCCAAAACUCAGUAUUUAUGGUGACCUGGACUACCUGGUGGAUUUUGAACAGAAGAAGAUGAAGAAAUGCCUUCCCCAAGACAUAGUAGUUGCUGCUCCUCUUCCGGUGAACAUCAAGAGUGACAGGAUCUAAUCACUGAGUGAACCAGAAGAGGAUUCCUGGAGCAGCCAAUUCUGAAACUGAAACUUCUGUCCCUCCUCCCCUCUCUGCUCCUACUCUUCUCCCUUCACUCUCUCUCUCCCACCCUCUUUGUUUUUGGCUGAUCUGGUAUACCUCAGUCGAAAUAUUUCUAUUUACUUCUCAAACAUUUCAGUUUUUUCAAAUUAUAUACAUAUAUAUACACACACACACACAUGUAUUUUAUGUGAAUGUCUAUGUGUGUAUGUAUGUAUAAUUGUAUGUUUAUGUGUGUGUGUAUAUAUAUAUAUAUAUAUAAUAUAUAUAUAUAUAUAUAGUGUGUGUGUGUAUACAUAUAUGCUUACACAACCAUGUCGAUGGAUGCAUGGGUGUAUAUCUAUAUAGAUGUUUGUAAGUGGGUGUACAUUGGAAAUUUGUUACUAUUUUUUUGUUUUCUUUUGAUUUUGUUUUUGAUCACUACUGCAACAUAAACUUUGUGGCAUCAGAAAAUUCUCUCCUCCCCCUCUUUGUUUUUUCCUCUUUAAUAUCAAAGAUUACCAUCUAUUUGUUUUUUAUAGUGUAAUUCUAUCAU